CAGCAGAAGCAAUGAUUGGAAGUUUCCUUAUGCAGCAGCUCACAUGCUCUGCGAUGAAGACAGCUGAUGCUUGGACGUCAUGACAGUGCUGGAGACUGAAACUGCUGCUUUCGCUGGAAUGAGUGAAAAGCUGUGGUUGGAGAAAGCCUGCUCUAUCCUUAUUCCUGCUUUACCAUUAUGGAUCAUCGAAUAUGCAUGGAGUAAACGGAUGUUGGAGGUCUUAGAAGUUCUAGGUCCUCCAUUAUGGCUAGAAGGUGACUGGCAUCUUCUGACCCUUGAAGAGCCGUGCAGAAUCCGUGUGGUGGCGGCAGAGGUCUGGAGGAUCGUUCAAGCCAGAGACAUCAAGCACUUUGGGAGAGUCACUGAGUUUUUGGAUGUUACAUACACACUUGUGCCACGACUAGUGACUCCCAUCAAACACAUGAAGAUCAUGUUUGGUCUGCAGUCUCUGGUUGUCAUGUGGAUGUUGUGGAAUGACCAGAGUACUGCUAAAAUCUCUGACAAGAUCGAAAACUUUUUCCCUAACAACCUGCCCGAGUAUCACAAAUGUAGCCGCAGGAACAUGGAUCUGAUGCAGAAAAACCAGAAGGAUUUCAAGACCUUUGCUCAUUGUCUGGCAAGAGACAGGGACAUGCGCGAGACUUACAUUCGGGAUUUAAUGGAGGAGCAAUACGGUGAACGGUAUGCACAGAAACUGGAGGAAAGACUCUCACACUAUUUGAGAGAGCUGGAUAAAGUUCUACCACAGCCUACGUAUAUUGAACAGGUAUUGAAGCAGUCCCAUCCAUUUGGGAGGGGAGAGAAGAUCCUGAAAAAAUUACUUUCAAGGGAUAGUGCGUCUCUAGCCACAGUUCUAAAGAGGCUCCUAUAUGGUGCUGUAACAACAAAUCUGAGCCUUGACGACAGUAUCACACCGUCACUUUCAAACACUUGUGAGGAACCAAGGGACAAUAAAGUUGUUAAACCAUCCCAUGAUACCCUUCAUGUAAUUUUGAGGCCAUCUCAGAACAGCUCAAAGGAGGAUCGAUUCUCACAAACCAGCACAAAAGAGCUCUUUAGUUCCCAGGGCUUGUGGCAGAAUAGAAACACAGGAGCCAUUUUACCUCAAGAGGAAAUUUGCGAUGAUGGAGCGAUUGUUACGUCCACGCAGUUGUCAGGUUCUGAAAUAGAUCAGAGUGACUUCAGCCAAUCUCUUCUAGUGGCGAAGGACCUGGUUGGGGGGCACAGAAAGGCAAAGACUCAAUCUGAACCAGAACAGAAGGAAGGUGAGACUGGUUUUACAGAGCAGAUGUGCACCAGACAUGGCAAAAAAAUGAGAAGCAUCCUUCAGGAAUGUUCUGAAGAGCUUGAUGGAGAAGCUGUCCAGGCAGAAUGCACUCCCACAUCAACCCAAAGCACUCCACCCCUUUUCCCACUCACACCAGAACCUCAAGCAUCUCCACACCAGCACUCAUGCUCAAACCCUGAUUCAUCCUCUACGAACAUUUCAAUGUCCUACAUCCAGCAGGUCAGUCUUUCACCAGUGUCCUCAAAGAAACCAGUUGCUCCUUCACCUUCAGUCCACCAACAGUCAUCUUCAUCACCUCAAUCCACAGCCUCAAAACAACUUGGCACCCCAAGAAUCAAUGCAGCACAGAUUUUAACUACUGUUGUCUUCACUGAACAAAGCAGAACCAGUGAACACAAUCUGAAACUGUCCUUAGAAAGUCAAAGCUUCCUCAUGCAGUCCAAGUGGCUUCAACCUCAAGUGUGCCUUAAUAGACUGAGCAAGGAAGAGUGCGCCAGAGCCACAAAUUCAUUCGUUUUAGAAGGAAAACAAGCAGCUGAACAUGAUCAGUACGUGUUAUUUGAUGUAAAUACACUGUAUUCUGAUUCAUACUCAGACGAUUCAGACUCAACAGACUCUGAUGACCCCGAUUACAAGCCUAAAGGAGACUAAAACAGAGGACACCAAAGUGCUAGUGAAUGUGGUCUUCAUUAUGUUUUGCAGAUGCAUAGGUACUCAAACAUCUGUUUUAGCAGGUACUCAAAAAUCUAUUUUUAGCAAAUGUUUGGGAAAAAAAACUUGCACUAGGCUUGGGAAAAAUGCAGCUUUUCCACCUUAUUUUUACCUCAUCGGUUUACCACAUGGAGUUCUCGCUGUCCACACACCUGAGUUCAUUCUCUAACAACAUUUUGGUGUCCUACAUCCAGCAGGUCAGUGUUUCACCAGUGUCCUCAAAGAAACCAGUUGCUGUAUCACCUUUAGUCCCCCAAAAGUCCUCUUCAUCACCUCAAUGCACAGCCUCAAAGCAACUUGGCACCCCAGGAAUCAAUGCAUACAGAUUUUAGCUAAUGUUGUCUUUGCAGAACCAAUGAACACAAUCUGAAACUGUCUUUAGAGAGUCAGACCUUCUUAAUGCAGUCCAAGUGGCUUCAACCUCAAGUGUGCCUUAAUAGACUGAGCAAGGAAGAGUGUGCCAGAGCCACAAAUUCAUACAGAACCCAUAACAUUUAAGAAGAAGAGAAAGCGGCUGAACAUGAUCAAUACGUGUUAUUUGAUGUAAAUACACUGUAUUCUGAUUCAUAUUCAGAUGAUUCAGACUCAACGAACUCUGAUGACCCUGAUUACAAGCCUAAAGGGGACUAAAACAGAGGACACCAAAAAAAAAAAGUCCUAGUGAAUGUGGUCUUCAUCACGUUUUGCAGAUGCAUAGGUAGUCAAACUUCUGUUUUAGCAGGUACUCAAAAAUUGUACGUUUUUAGCAGUUUGCGACGAAUGUUUAAAAAACUUGCAGUAGGUUUUGGGAAAUAUGCAGCCUUUUCCCCAUAUUUUUACCUCUAAGAACAUUUAAACGUCCUACAUCCUGCAGGUCAGUCUUUCACCACUGUCCUCAAAGAAACCAGUUGAUCCUUCACCUUCAGUCCUCUUCAUCACCUCAAUCCAAAGCCUUAAAACACCCCAUGAAUAAUAUUUUAGCUAAUGUUGUCUUCAUCGAACCAAGCAGAACCAGUGAACACAUUCUGAAAAUGUCCUUAGAGAGUCAAAGCUUCCUCAUGCCAUCCAAUUGACUUCAACCUCAAGUGUGCUUUAAUAAAAAAAGAAUGCCAAGGCCACAAAUUCAUACAGAACCCAUGACAUUUUAGAAGGGGAACAAGAGACUGAACAUCAACAUGUCUUAUUUGAUGUAAAUACUGUAUUCUGAUUCAUACUCAGAAGAAGCAGACUCUGAUAACCCUGGUUUCAAGCCUAACAAAAACAGGACAUCAAAAAGAAUGUGCAAGUGAACAUGGUCAUGUUUUUCAGAUGCAUAGGUGCAUGAUGUUUGAAUAAACUCACAUUAUUUUUACCUCAUCGGUUUACCUCAUGAUGGUCAAACUGCUAUAGAUGGUCAAUGCCAAAAUAUUUAUAUCCUGUUGACUCCUGUAUAUUUUUGUCAUCAGUCAUUGAAGGUCCUAUGAAGUGAAUAUACCUAAAACUACAUGGUUUCAAAUGUGGAACUUCUGUGCUGUUGGUUUAGUGAUGUGUUAAUGAUGGGUCAGGGUUAUCGCUGGGUCUCUGGAUGGUGUGCUUUAGUGGAUACAUGUUGACAUGGUUUUUCUGAUUGACUUGGAAGGGUUGUGUAAGGACAAACAUUUUACAUUAUGAUGGGAUUUUUUGACUAAAGUUUGAUUUUUUGAAAGUUAAGCGCACCUUUAAUUUGCCUACAAUGUCACGGUUAUGUUGACCCUACUUUUAGUUUAGAUAGCACAUCAGUGCAGAUAAGUGUUUUAAGGUUAAUCUUAGCCUCCCUAAAUCAGUGUUACUUGUGUACGUGUUGGUUUCUUAAAUAGGUUAUGCCAAAGAAAAAAAAAAAACAUGAAAGAGUUUAAAGUUCAAGGUUAUUGCAGUGUAAAACUAUGUCCAUUCUGACGUUUAUUUACCUGCCUUGAGUGUAAACUUCACAUAAUGUCCUUGCAAACUAUUUUGUCAUUGCAUCAGAUAGCGCACUCAUACAUGCCAUCUAAUUCAUUUGAGGUAGAUAAAAAAGCAACUAAUAUCUGUAGGUGUUUUGGAUAAAUAAAUAUAAUAUAAUGAUUGUUUAAGCUUGAAAGGGUUAAGCAAAUCAUCCAAGUGACAGCUUUUUCUUAAUUAUUUUUUUAACCAUAUGACAUUGUAUUAAAGGGAUAGUUCACCCAAAAUGAAA